AUGGACCCGAGUUACAAAGCUCGGAAAGAGGCAUUCGUCUCGAACCUCUCCGGAAGCACCAUUGGCGAUAUCAACGCGGUGACAUUAGUCGCGCCGGCUUCCGUCCUUUUGUGGUCCGCGCUACAGUCCCGCCUAUCCUUCUUCACGCCGUAUGGUCCCGCAGCUCUGCUGACGGACUUCCUGCUCAAUGUUCUGGCCAUUCUGUUCGCGACAACCGCUUACUCGUCGGCACCCCUCCUCCUCAACAUCUUUCUCAUCUCGCCGGCAGUCCUGCUGUUCAUGACCCACCAUCCUAUACGCCCAACGCCGAAAGCCAAGCCUCCCCGCAAACAAAAUGCCAACGAUGAAACAGCGAAGGAACAUGCAGAGUCCUUGCCUAUCCACCCAUUCCUGUCUACAUACCGUGCGGCAAUGAUGAUUGUCACCUGUGUGGCUAUUCUCGCUGUGGACUUUCGUGUGUUUCCACGCCGGUUCGCAAAGGUCGAGAAUUGGGGAACCUCGUUGAUGGACAUGGGCGUGGGAUCUUUCGUUUUCUCCGCAGGUGUGGUCUCUGCGCGCGCGGUGCUGAAGAGCCGAGCCUCGCGAUCAGCCAAGGCUGCCUUUUCACAAAGGCUGCUUGGUUCAGUUCGCCAUUCCAUUCCUCUGCUCGUGCUUGGCCUAAUUCGGCUCUGGAGCGUCAAGGGCUUGGACUAUGCCGAGCAUGUAACUGAGUAUGGGGUUCACUGGAACUUUUUCUUCACUCUGAGUUUCCUACCCCCUUUUGUGGAAAUAUUUGACUCUUUGACUGUGUUCAUUCCAUCUUAUGAAGCGCUCGCGAUUGGUAUGGCGAUUAUCUACCAGGUCCUUCUGGAGUCAACUGACCUUAAGGGCUUCAUUUUGGUGUCGCCGCGUGGUGAUGAUCUGAUCUCCAAGAACCGCGAAGGCAUCUUUUCCUUCAUUGGAUACCUGGCGAUUUUCCUAGCUGGACGUGGCGUUGGAACCCGCAUAAUUCCGCGAGGAACUUCGUCGUCCACGAACACCCAGCAAGCUCGCAAGUCAGUGCUUGUCAACCUGACAUUGCAAGUGCUUUUCUGGUCGACCUUCUUUUUCUUCAACUCCACCCAUGCAUUUGGCUACGGUGCAGGAAUUCUGGUGUCGCGUCGGUUGGCAAAUAUGCCGUAUGUACUGUGGGUUUCGGCUUUCAACAGCGCGCAGCUGCUUAUGUUCUGUGCGGUCGAAACCGUAUUCUUCCCUCUUGGUCAUAGAGCGGAAAGCAAGGAGGCCGAGGCAGAAAGGACAUCCUUUGCGACAAGCCGGGUGCUGAAUGCAUUCAAUCACAGCGGACUGGCAAUUUUCUUGAUCGCCAAUCUGUUGACGGGCGUGGUAAAUCUGAGUAUUCCGACCUUGGAUUUCAAUGUGCCGUUGGCCAUGGUCAUCCUCGUCGCCUACAUGGCGAUUCUCACAGGUCUUGCGUUGGGUAUGCAGAAGGCCAAUAUCAAAUUGCGCCUGUAG